CUUUAUUUCUCAUGGAACCAAAGAACAACACAGGAGAUUCAGAGAUUCAUCAAGAAGAUGAUCAUGAUGCAAGAGAGGACGAGAACGGCACAGGAGACGACAGAGACAACAGCCAGGAAAACCAGGAUGAUUACAUGGAAGAGCUAAAGCAAAACCACGAGAAUGACUCCAAAAGGCUCAUGGACGCCAAAGCUCAACGAAAGCAGGUUGAAAAAGAUGCAGAACUGCUCAAAAACCGUAUUGCCCUCCUUCAAAUGGAAGAAAAGAAGGCAAGGAAGAAAAUAGAUGAAACUAAGAAAAGAACCAAUGAAGUAAUGAUACUCAAAUAAAAGAAACGAAGCAAAAUACAAAGAAAAAGUGUUCAAAACCAAAAAAGAAAACGAAGAAAAGACCAAACUCAGAAAGAGAAAUGUCGCUAUUAGGAACCAAAGAAAGGAAGAACAGAAAAAGAUCAAAGAAGCUUUGCUAAUUUCCAAAAAGCAGGAGGCCAAAAUGGCUAAGCUUCAGAAGAAGCAGAAUGACCAAAGAAGGAAGAACCAGAAGAAGAGAGUAGAGCAGGAGAAUAAAAUUAAAACAGACAUUAUCAGACAGCAUCAUAACAUACAAAAGAUCAAGCGAGAUGAGCUCAAAAGGAAAAUAGAAAAAGAAUCAAAGAAUAAUUACGAAAGCCGUAUUGAAGAAGAAGACAAUGUUCGACUGAACAAAGAGAAUGAAGUUAUGGAACUCGAAAGGAUAGAGAUGGAGCUUAUCAAGAAGUUACAGAAUACUCAGCAAUUACAAAAAGAUGCGUAUAAUGAGUUAGAAGGAGCCUUAGCGAAGCCCACUCCUUACUUGAAACCAGCUGGGGUUCAUGAACCUGAGAUAGCAGAUGAGAACGAUACUGAUUAAGUUUAUUAAAAAUAUAUUUGCGAGAA